AUGGGCUAAGCUCGAAUAAGGGGUAAACUUUCAAACAUAGAACACAAAAAAGUAUUAAAAUAUGUUGUUGUUUUAGUAAAAUGGAUAAAAUAUAUUGAAACUUUUGAUUUCUACUUAAAGAAGGUUAUAGUGA